CCUGUUCUCGCGCUCUCCGAUCGCCGGGGGGGCCCGCCGCUGAGAAGACGUCAAGGGACGACGACGCGUGGAAGUUUAACCAAGAAAGGAGCGUGCUGCCGCGAGAAACGCAAUGUCCGACCGGGAGAGCCUGGACGAUCAGCCGCAAAAAUAUGGAAACCCAGGCGGCAUGGAUGCUGGAGGGGCUGACUUUGAUUCCGGUCAGCAAGGCCAGCAGAGCGAACAGGAACUGGCGACGAAAAUGCUGCAAAUUCAAAGCAAAAGAUUCUACCUUGAUGUAAAACAAAACAGACGUGGAAGGUUUAUCAAAGUCGCCGAGAUUGGAGCGGAUGGAAGAAGAAGCCAAAUCUAUCUGGCACUCAGUACAGCAUCCGAAUUUCGGGACCAUCUGUCAACAUUUAGCGAUUUUUAUGCAUCUUUAGGUCCACCAAAUCCGGAAAACGUACCAGAUGACGGAAAACUCAAGUCAGAAAUGAUGGUGAAGGAUAAUAGGCGAUAUUACUUGGACCUCAAGGAGAAUUCUCGCGGCCGUUUCCUGCGGGUGAGUCACCCUGUGUCGCAGACGAUAACACGGGGAGGACCUAGAACGCAGAUUGCAAUACCAGCGCAAGGUAUGAUAGAGUUUCGUGAUGCGUUAACGGACCUUCUCGAGGAAUUUGGGACGGACGACGGUGGCUUUAAAGGCGACUUGCCGGAAGGCCGUUACAUGCGUGUGGAUAGUAAGAAUUUCUAUUUUGAUAUCGGCCAGAACAAUCGUGGCAUCUACAUGAGAAUUUCUGAGGUGAAGACAAACUUUAGGACAGCCAUCACCGUACCGGAAAAGUCUUGGGCGCGUUUCCGUGAUAUCUUCGCAGAUUAUUGCGAAAAAAUGAAGGAGGGUGGCGGCGUCAGUAGCAGCAGCGGAGGGAAUGUAUUGUCUGAAGGGAAGGGCUCGGUGGUGGCACAGGUACCAUCGCCAUCUUCGAACACACAGCCUAACCCCAAUCCAAAUUUAGACUCUCCUCUAAUCAAGUGAAAAAGGCUUUAACUUAACUCGAACAUUUGGAAAUUAUAACUCGUUUUCAAGUCAUUAAGCGAAGUAAAGGAACUUGUCAGAGUCUAUGCCAUCGUCGGUCAUCGUCAUUAUUAUUCAUCGGCUAUGACAUGAUCAUCGGCAUGAUCAUCGUCAUUGUCACACCGCCAUCAACACUACAUUACUGUCACCGUCGCCUGUCACCGAGAUACUAUCAUCGACACCGUCAUCGUCAUCGCCACCGUCACAUCAUACACCGUCACACUUGCCAUCAAUGCGCGAACACCAAAACUCGCCUGAAAUAUGGCUAUUAUAUCGCAAAGAGUAUCAGCCGAUUGUUGAAUAUAUAUUCAUAUAAUCACAGAUUUGAUAAAAAAAGAAAAAAGACGGGGUGCACGACGGUAUAUGAUUAAUACACAAAUAAAUCGGCGCGUCUCGCGAAGAUGAGGAAGACGGGAGAAGGAGAUGACAGAUUAUGUGUGUGUGUGUGCGUUCGCGCGUGUGUGUGUAUGCGUGUUUGCGUGAGUGGGCAUAUGUGUGUAUUUGCAUGGAGGGAAAACGAGUCACUGCCGCUCGUGCGACUAACACAGAAUAAAUAACAAGAAAAAAAGAGACACGCAACGAUGGAGAAUCGAGAGUAUAAUAUAUUGCGCGAUAUCUUUUUAGGCAAACACAAGAGUUGCCAUCGAUUAACGUUAUGAGUACUACUGUUCAUUUCCUAGCUUUCUGCGAACGCACAUCUGUUUGGUUUUGCUAAGCUUCUUGUACUAAUUUUUCAAUCUCAGACAUUCAGAGUACGCGCGUGCGCGUUUCGCUUGUCACGUGUGUGUGUUGAAUAAGAAUCUUUGAACGGGAAAUGGACUGUAGUGUGGAUCACGUUACAAUUGAAUUUGAUCGUUCAGAAUUUAUGAAUAAAUAGUUGUUAUAUUAACGAUUAUAUCAGGACGAAGUAGAAAGGGGAAAAAGCGUGUGAUUUGUCGCGAAGGAAAGAGAAAACAAAGAAAAAGAUCUAUCGUGUCUACAUAGGCAGUACGUAUGUCUCUUUUCGAUUUAAUCGACAAAAAAUAUAUCUUGAAUCAAGUCGCUGUAUUUUCGACGAACACUCGUCGAACAGAAGUCGCAGAUGAUAUGAAUGUAGAUAAAAUAUUGCUGAACGCCUCUUGCGACUCCAUUAUCGCUUUCUCGACGGUAAAAGAGUGCGAUUUAUUGACUGUGGUUAAGUCGAAUGAAACAUAAGAGGAAAAGAAACCAAGAAUAAGAAUGAGAAAAUAUUCGUAUAUUAUCACAAAUAUUUGAAUAUUUAUAUAUUACUGUCUGCAUUGCGACAUCGUACACUCGUUUAAAAAAUGAAUGACAUCUUUAUUAAAAGUAAUGAGAUUAUAUAUAUAUAUAUAUAUAUAUAUAUAUAUAUAUAUAUAUAUAUAUAUAUAUAUAUAUAUAUAGAGCAUAGGUGAGGGAGAGAGAAGAAAAAGGGAUGGUAGCCCGAGAGAAUAUGAAACCAUAUAUUAAUACAUAUUAAUAUGUAUAUUAUACAAAGUUAAUUAUACGUUUUGUUUCAUCGAUUCAUAUAAAAGGGGUGACGUGAUCAUAUAUAUAUAUAUAUAUAUAAAAGAAAAGACGCGAAAAAAAACGCGCUUUUACAAAAUGCAAGAAAUACAUACACACACACAUAUACAUACAUGGAUUUAUGCACGCAAAAAUAUGCAAUAUACAUUUCGAAAAGAAAAAAAAACACCAAACACGCGAUUUCGAUACUUUUCACACCAAAUUCUCACAGAAUGAAUAACGACACGCGCACGACAUAUAUUUCAUCGUAAAAAAACAUAUUCCACCGCAAGAAACACGGUACAAGAGACGGUGUAUGUAAUUAAGUUACAUAAGUUUGAACGAUGAUCGAGUUCUAACACAAUUGCAUAUUAGGUAUGUAUUAUACGAAUGCAUAAUAGGUAUUUAUAUAGAAUCUAUAUAACUGUAUAAUUGUAACGAAAUGCCAAUGUCCGCGGACCCAGGCAACUGCACAAAUCCGGUGACGUACAAUCAAUCGAAUUGAAAAUCGUUGUUGGGCGUUGCAGUUGCUUAGGCCCCUCUUGCCGGACACAGGAAGAAAGAUGAGACAAAACGAAUGGCACAGAAAGGAAUAAAAAUAAUAUUUCAAGACGGGCGACACGAAAGAGAGAGAGAGAAAGAGAAGGAGGAGAAUAACACACAAUUGUGUUAUCUCUCUGAGGAAAAAGAAAUCUAAAUACGCUUCGAUUUUGCAACGCUGUGCUAAUAUCAACACAAUGAUAAAUAUCUAUCCGUUCUCUUUUGUGUUUCUUCCGUGAUUGAAACGGCAAACCGAUAUAAAUCUAUAUUUCGCACUGGUGCGAAUAUGAAACGAAUGAGAAACCCAUAUAGAGAAAAAAAGACACGUAGAUGCGUUAUUAAAAAAUGCUAUUUAAUUGGGGAGCGUCCGAUUGAGUGCGUGAUCGACGCGUUUGCAUUUUUGAUGAGAUAUAAAAUGAGUAUAAUUUUAUUUAUUUUCUAGCGACAAACUCAUUGCUAACGUAUUUCUAUAAUAAAAUAAUUAUUCUUCAGUUGCAUUUUCUUUGAAAAUUUACAAUUUCGGCUGGUCUGAAUUUACUUAGCAUGUAGAUCGUUUCGACGAAUAUAAAUAUGAAAUAUAAAUCACAAUAAUAAAUUCAAGUACGCACGAGUGGGUGAAAUAUAUUGAGACAAGUAUCCCGAUCCUCUUCGAUUUUAAAGUGUAAUUUUCUCCAAAAGUUAUCUUUCUCACAUUCUUUCUGACAUUCUUUAAACGCGCGUUAAACAAUUGUUGCGCGAUAUCGAUAUAUAAUUUGUAUUAACUAAUUAUUGAAAAUUAAAAUUAACGAGAAGGAUGAACAAAAUCUAUUUCAACAGAUUGUUGACGAGCUUUUAUAUGACGCACUUUUUUACAUGUUUCUAACUUUAUCACCGGAAAAUUUUUUUGUUGAGUUCAAGGAAGAGGGGAGAGAGGUCAGAAAAAACUUGCGAACUGUGCAACAAGCAUUGUAUAUUGUUCGGAUAGAGCGUUGUAAACGGAAACUGCAAGGAAGAGACAUAGAAAAAAAUCGUUCACUGGCGCAGAUGGUAUGACAUUGUGAUCUAUGCAAAUUACAAAUCACAAAGCAACCACAAGUAGUAGAUAUUUAAGAUAAAUACACGUAAAAAAAAAAAACACGUACGUCUAUGGAGACUAGAGAAAAAGGGGAGGAAACAUUGUGUUACUGAAAUGUAUGCGCGAUAGCGUGCAUUUUAACACGUUAUUAAAAAGCGAGGACGACUACAAACGUACCUAACUAAAAAAACACAGAGAGAGCGGGAGAAAGAGAGAAACACAUAUAAAGAAAACAAAAAUAAUGAAGUGAAGAGAUACCGUCUGACACACGUAAGAAUAAGCAAAGUAAUAUAAAAAUGAAAGAAAAAAAAAAACAUGACGCUCCUGCCACGCAGCGAGUCUUUAGACAGCUUUAAGAUAAUUAUAAAUGAUAAAAAUAAUAAUUAUUAAAUAAUAACGAUAAACUUUCUAUAUGUUGAAUCGUGUCUAGUGAGAGAAGUACUAUCGAAGUAAAAAAAGCAACACAAAAAAAAAAAAUAAUAAUACUAUCGCCACACACAUGAAUUAAUGCAGUUUAUAUGACCAUUGAUUAGUUGUCUCUAUCUCGCGCGCGAAUGUUUUUUUCUGUUUUUCAUAAUAUAUAUAAUAUAGCGAGGAGAGAAAAGGGGUGGCUGUUAGAGAAAUAGCUUUUGGUGUUUCGUUUGAUGUUUUAUGAACAAACGUUGCGCGGUUGGUUGAAUGGCGGAUCUUUUUGCUAAAUGUUAUAAUAUCCACAAAAGGGUCCCGGAGUUCCAUAUACCUGUGUUUUUAUAUAUUCGGUGGAGUUGAACACCGAAGCUACUGUUAUCCAUUGUCACGCGCUAAUUCUUAUCACGUAGGAUUUUCAUAUGUGUACGUGGAUCGCGAGCGACAAUUGCGUGUAACGAUAUGAUAUCGGCGUUUGCAUUGUAAAAAAAAAAAUAAUAAAAAAAACGCAUUCAUUUCCAAACAGCUCACGUCUUUCAUAGCGAGACGAGUCGUCGCGAUCGCGACGUAAUCUCUCUCGCUUGCACGAAAUUGUGGCUCAUAAAAAGAAGCAAAGCUUUAUCAAGCUAAGUUCACCUAGUAUGAAAAUCCUGUCGUUGCUGCGAAUAUUUUUAUUAUUAUUAUUAUUAUUAUUAUUAUUAUUAUUAUUAUUAUUAUUAUAGUGUCAUUAUUCUUACUAUUACGAUUAUUCUUUUUAUUACCGCUAUGAUUAACUAUUAGUAUCUAUUAUAUUAUCGAAGAGAGCUGUUGUGUACUGAGAUUGCUAAUAACGAAACCAGUCUCGAGCAGACUGAUUUCUUUCGUUUUCUUUUUAGCAUAUAUCACACGACAACGAUCAGUCGAGUUUUUAAAUUUAAUGGCUUUCCCGUUCUCCAUCCUUUUAUUCCUCUCAUCAUAAUCAAUCUCGAUCUCAGUCAAAUCCUUCCUCUCUUUCUUCGCAUCUACAUAUGUAAGCACAUUUUCUUUUCAAAUUCGUUUCCGCUUUUCCUAAUCAGUUCUGAUAUAGAAUGCGUUCUGAUAUAGAAUGGUUUCCCAAAAGAGAUAUAGAGAAGCGAGGUGAGAUAACAGAUGCAGAGUCAAAAAGGGAGAGGUAGAGAAAUUUGACGGGAGGUCGAUUGAUGCCCUCAAAAGCUGAAUCGACAGUGUUAAAUUAAACAUUACCUAGAUUCGCGAUCUAGCGGGUCAAGCAAGAGUAAAUCAUCCUUCGAUGCGUUGCAGUUUCCCCCUUUUUUUUUUUCCUCCUGGCGCGCUCUCGCGUGUGUGCAUGCGUGCGUGAAUGCUAAUUUGUGUGCGUGUAUAGGCUCGACAAUCGAAGCGAGCAAGCGAGCGAAUUCUUUGUAAGGCGAGAGAAGAAAUUGAGAUGAGAAAAUUGCCGAUUGCGAGGACGAUGCGCCGUCGAAUUACGUUAAACACCACGAUUUUUGGAGGGAGUUAUAUAUGCAGGAAUUAUACAUGUCCUUGAACUAUUACAUUAUAUCAAUAGCGUAACAAAAAUCAAAGUUUGUUGUUGCAGAAAACAGUGAGAAUUACUGCGAUUGGCCUUUGUAUGUCAUUUGAUUUAUUAAAGAUAACAGUCUGUUGCAA